CCCGGCCCGGUCACCUCCAUCCGCCAAACUAACAAGCAAGCGUGCCCAGGCGCACCACCCGAGCACGCACGCACGCACGCACGCAUCACUCUCCUCUCAGGAGCAACGGCGGCCGUGCCUGCCACGCGCGCGCGAGCAUACACAUGGGAGAGGUCGCCUCCACCGCAGCGGCGGCGUCGCUCUCGUCGUCGUCCUCGCUGCUGAUGGCUGCGACGGCCGUCAAGGGGGACGAGGAGCGGUACGUCAUGGUGGCGUCGAGGUUCUUCCGGGUGAAGCCGGGCGCUGCUGCCCGCCACCACUUCCUCGACUCGUGCUUCCUCUGCAAGAGGAGCAUCUCCCGCGACCGCGACAUCUUCAUGUACAAGGGUGACGCGGCGUUCUGCGGCGAGGAGUGCAGGCAGGACCAGAUGGCCAUGGACGAGGCGCUCCACGCGGCGGCGCGCCGGCACCGCAAGCAGGCCGCGGCCGAGCAGGCUGCCGGCACCGCGCGCCGCGAGGCGGCGGGCGCGACGACGGCGUCGAUGGUGCACCGCCGGCCGACCAUCGCCAACCUCGGCGCGGUGGCGCGCACUCCCGUGGCCGCCAGCUAACACCGUAUGCUCGUCGGCGCGCUCGUGCACGUAUCGGCUGCGCAUGCACCAUGGAUCGAUCUUCCUUGGCUAUAGAUCGCUAGGUGGCUAAAAAACGAACUGAUUAUAACAGCAGUUCGUCCGAAUGCUAUCAACAAGCAAGAGGGGAGAGAUGUAUAGUUGAGUCAUGGAUCUCAAAAUGUUUUCCUGCAUGUUAUUGCUGUGUAUGCUAAAGUGGAUCAUCAGCUCUACAUAGUACUAGCUGGAGUUCAUCGAUCAAGCUUAGCUUUCGAGUCUUCUUCGGGACACGUUAAUCUGAGCGUGUGUUCUUCUUCUCAAUGA